AAGUAACAUCCGGGAUUCUCUAAAGAGGUGUGGGGAAAGGGGGCGGGACGGAAUCUGGUAGGGAAAGGGAAAACAUCUGCCGGCGUAGCCGCAUCAAUAGCUGCUUCCCACGGAGGCCAGCCUCGGCCGGGCGCCCCUUUGCGGAGCCGCCUGCCCUGAGGCGCCCUGUCCGACUGCGCGGCGGCGCUCAGAAAUAUAUUUGAGACUACAGAAGGAUUAUUUUUGACUGAUGACCUUAAGAUGAAUUUUGAAGAAUAAAAAAAGAAUUCUGGCAGGUCAGUUAAAUAGAAAACUAUUUAAAUAUGUACAGAGGAAAUGAAAGAUAAUCUCAGAGGAAAGGCAGGUGUCCUAACCAAGUUUUCUUAGGUACCUGUGUAUCUAAAACAAAAUUAAAUUUUCAUUGACAAACUCAUCUCUUUUGAUUCAGAUGUCUUGUUGAUAUAAAUAUGUUUACUUUUAUUAGGAAUUACAAUCCAAUAAAAGUUAUAAGGAAAGGGCUUUUUAAAACAAAUAAUUUCUGGUCUUCCCAUAACCCACAUAAAAUAUUCAGAUGUGUUUAGAUAUUCAACACAUUUGUUGAGCACUCACUGGAUGACUAACAUUGUUUAAGAAAGUCAGCUGUAUUAAAUCUUUUUUUAAUAAUCCUAAGACAAGAGUUAUUAACCUUUUUUGUGUUAAUGGAUUCCUUUGGUGGUCAAGUGAAGUUGGAAAUAUCCUGAUCUGUAAAAUAGAGAUAAUAAUAGUACUUACCUCACCCAAGAGUGCUUAUGCUAGGAAUGGCUCUGCUGUAUAAUAUGGCUUCACUGUUUUCUUUGAAGUAUUCUAAGUUCCUAGAAAUGUACCAGUAUGUAAAUGCAAAUAAGCAAGAAUUAAAGGUACUUUAUAUAUUUGAGCUUUGCUAUUUUAUAUUCCACUUCUAACAUGGUGAUCUUCUUGGCAGGUUUCCUUAAAAAAAAAAAAAAAAAAGGAAGAAAAGAAAAGAAAAGAAAAGAAAAGAAAAGAAAAGAAUGGAGGAAUCAGUAAACCAAAUGCAGCCACUGAAUGAGAAACAGGUGACCAAUUCUGCCAGUGGCUAUGUAUGGCAGGUCACAGACAUGAAUCGACUACAUCGUUUCUUAUGUUUUGGUUCUGAAGGUGGUACUUACUACAUCAAAGAGCAGAAAUUGGGCCUUGAAAAUGCUGAAGCUUUAAUUAGACUGAUUGAAGAUGGCAAAGGAUGUGAAGUGAUCCAAGAAAUAAAGACUUUUAGUCAAGAAGGGAGAACAGCAAAGCAGGAGCCAAUGCUUUUUGCUCUCGCCAUUUGCUCACAGUGUUCUGAUAUAAACACAAAACAAGCAGCAUUUAAAGCAGUUCCUGAAGUUUGUCGAAUACCUACUCACCUCUUCACUUUUAUUCAGUUUAAAAAAGAUCUAAAGGAAAGCAUGAAAUGUGGUAUGUGGGGCCGUGCCCUCAGGAAAGCCAUAGCAGACUGGUAUAAUGGGAAAAGUGGCAUGGCAGUUGCCCUGGCUAUAACAAAAUAUAAACAAAGAAAUGGCUGGUCACACAAAGAUCUCUUAAGAUUGUCUCAUCUUAAACCUUCUAAUGAAGGACUUGCUAUUGUCACUAAGUAUGUUACAAAGGGUUGGAAGGAGGUGCAAGAAGCAUAUAAAGAUAAGGCUGUUUCUCCAGAAACUGAAAAGUUACUGAAAUAUCUGGAAGCUGUGGAGAGAGUGAAGCACACAAAAGAUGAAUUGGAAGUUAUUCAUCUAAUAGAAGAGCAUAAAUUAGUUAGAGAACAUCUUCUGACUAAUCAUCUAAAGUCUAAAGAAGUGUGGAAAGCCUUGUUACAGGAGAUGCCUCUUACUGCAUUGCUGAGGAAUUUAGGGAAGAUGACAGCUAAUUCAGUGCUUGAGCCAGGAAGUUCAGAAGUUUCUUCAGUAUGUGAAAGACUGUGUAAUGACAAACUUUUAAAAAAGGCUCGCAUACAUCCAUUCCAUGUUUUAGUUGCAUUAAAAACAUAUAAAACAGGACAUGGGCUCCGCGGAAAACUGAAGUGGCUUCCUGAUGAAGACAUUUUGAAAGCAUUGAAUACUGCAUUUUAUAAAACAUUUAAGACAGUCGAACCAACAGGAAAACGUUUCUUGCUAGCUGUUGAUGUCAGUGGUUCCAUGGACCAAAGAGUUUUGGGCAGUAUACUCAAUGCUAGUACAGUUGCUGCAGCAAUGUGUAUGGUUGUUGCAAGAACAGAAAAAGAUUCUCAUAUAAUUGCAUUUUCACAUGAAAUGGUGCCAUGCCCAGUGACUGUGGAUAUGACUUUAUGUCAGGUAUUGAAAAUUAUGGAUGAGAUUCCAAUGGGUUGUACUGAUUGUUCUCUUCCCAUGAUAUGGGCUCAGAAGACAAACACAGCUGCUGAUGUCUUCAUUGUGUUCACUGAUAAUGAGACCUAUUUUGGAAGUGUCCAUCCAGCUGUUGCUUUGAGAGAUUACCGAAUGAAAAUGGAUAUUCCAGCUAAAUUGAUUGUUUGUGGAAUGACCUCAAAUGGUUUUACCAUUGCAGACCCAGAUGACAGAGGCAUGUUGGAUAUGUGUGGCUUUGACACAGGAGCUCUGGAUGUAAUUCGAAAUUUCACAAUGGAUGUGAUUUAAUCUUCUGGCAUCAGCACUUCACUUCAGGUCCAUUGCUGGCAGUGGAUUUUGAUACAAAGACCUAAUUACCAGUUUAAACUUAAUCAACUGAAAAAUGACAUAUCCAGAAAGUUAACCUUUUAUCUUUUUUUCAAAAGCAAAGUAAGAAACAUAAAAUUACUUUCCUAUCUACUACAUAUAAUUUAAACUGCUAAUAAAUUAAACUCAACCAACAUUUAUGAGGCACCUACUGCUAAACUCACUGGAAAAACUUUACCUUCAACUUCUACUUAGAAGAGAAAUUUUGCCUCCUGAUGCAUUCACUGAAGAAUACUUUUACGUUAGAAAAUCUUUAAUACUAUUUAUUAGGUGAGAGCCAAAAAUCAAAGAGGUCCUGACAUCAUAGACUGUGUGCCAGCUGUGUUUAAAAUUUUCUGUGUUUUCAUUUAAACAGGAUAACUUUAUUGAAACUUCCAUUGUUUGAAUUCCAAAUGCUGAAUAUACUCUCUGGGUGCACUAGACCAUGUGACUGUGAUGGAAUAUAAAAAUGAUUUGUAAAGUUUUCUACUUGGGAAAGGGGGGAAUAAGGAGCCAGUGGAUCACACCAAGAAAUUUGAUGAAGUGAUCAGAGCUACAUUUUACCCUCUAAAAUAAUUUGUGUGACUUCUUAAGGUCACAUUUUUAGUAGUUUUCAUACAUGUUGAAAAUCAACUUUUAACAAUUUUUAAUUAGCACUCACAGAAUGCAAGGUAGGUAAUC